GACCCGAAUAGCCAUCAGUUCACUAGCAAUCGUACAACAGUUCGGAUCGUUUGUUUGUUCAUAGACAAAUAAGAAAAAUAUCACUAUCUACCUGUUAAUGUUCUUGAGAAGAAUAAUCAAUACAUAUACAAAAAAGUGAAAGGACUUAGUGUUGGCUGUACAAUGAUUUCGGAAAUGUUCAAUACCGUCCACAAGGCUCGCUUUAGCGGCAUCAGAAUCGUUCCGGUGAAUGCUCCGUCCCUGUAUCAGGAGUGCGUGAAAGUGUUUGUGGCCGAGGUGAAUCGUACCAACAAGAAUGGAAAGCGCAUUUCGGAGCUGCAGUUCUUGCCAACGGCGGCGCUUGUAAACAUCUUCGAGGAGAUGUGCAAGUACCCGACGCUGAGACCGUUUCUCCGCGAGGCGUUGUCGGAUCCGGUGCUGUUCAUGAGAAUCUUUACCGGUCACAACUCCAAUCAGCUAAUCGUGGACCAAUGUCUUCGGGAGGCAAACCUCAGCGGAAAGCCGGUUUUACCGGAUUUAGCUGCAAAUUACUGUGAUAUGGUGCGUGAAGAUCCACUGGAGGCCGGAUCUCCAGCAUUCAUGAGCCGCAUUCUGGGAGCGCUGAAACUCGGCACCUAUCUGCACGAAGCCGGUUGGUCGAGGUCUAGUGUUGGCGUCUUGAAUGUGGCAGCAAAUAUGAUCUCAUUGAUUGGGAACAAUCGUUUCCAUAAAAAACUCGAACUAGAUUGCAUUCAGCAGCUGCUGCGUGCCGAGGGAGGCUGUAUGGCCUCAAAGGCCGAUCAAACGUGCCUUACACUACUUUCAUUGAUCACUAACGUCACAGACGUGGAUAUUCUAGUCAAGGCGUACCUACAGGUGGCAAACCACCACUACCGCGCUCAGCGUUACGACGCGUGUCAUGAAUGGGCAUUGAAAACGAUGAAUCUCAUCACAGACUCAACACCGAUCGAAGACGUCAUCGAAGUACUUCAGUUGGGUGCACUUUUUUGCUUCUCCAAGGAGCGUUUUGACCUUGGCAGCAUGCUAAUCAGUCAGGCUAUACAGCGAGCUCGCGCGCACUGCGGAAAUCAUCAACAACGUCUAUAUGCGGAUGUCCUUCAGACCUACGGCCAGUGUCUGCUGAAAAUGGAUGCGAUUUCGGCUGCCGUUUCCACUUUCAUGGAACUUUUGGAUGUAAUCACCAAGCUGUACGGAAAGUUAACUCCUCAUGUUCCAAUUAUCCAAGGCUAUUUGGCGUACGGGUUCUACAUACGCUCGCAUACCACCGGACGUUUCGACAUGGCCUUGGAUCAAAUCGAUCAAGCGAUUUCUCUAGCGAAGCUGCUGAUUCCAUCCAACGAGCAGAUUAUUUCCAACUUUGAUCAGAUUCGGGCAUCGAUCCUGAAGGGUCACGAUAGUAGCGUAGCCGCAACCAAAGAGCAGAAGCCAAUGGGGGUUGCCAUCUAUCAAAAAUUCCGAUUCGCGGAAAUUCGAGAUAAGUACUUUGAACUGAAUGCAUCGUUCUAGUGAAGUGCCAUAGUUGAAUGAUAUAGUCACACAAUCUCAUAUUCGCUUAUGUUAAGCUGCAUUACACAACAUUUAGCUAUUUAAGAUUGAAUAAUUGUACAAACAAUAAAGUACGUUAAAUAAUUACA